AGUUCAUGCGACUUCGCCAUUAUUACAGAAUGCAUAAGCGGACCGAGCGUGUUGUACAACGGACAUCGGAACUACACUGAAACAGGUCAAACUUGUCAAAGAUGGGACGUUACGACACCACACAGACCACAACACAUUCCUGCGGAUGGAGGACAUCACAAUUAUUGCAGGAACCCUGACAAUGAUGUUUAUGGAACAUGGUGUUACAUCACCAAUACAAGCGCAUCUACUACGUGGGAAUAUUGCAACAUCACCAAAUGUCCUGACGAUUCUCUUGUUAUUUGGACAAUGUUUAACUCCGCUAAUGGUACAACGGAAAUACAACAGUUUCCAGCUGACCCGGAAAUCGUGAGUCAAAAUAAUCCGUCAAGAAGAAUUUCAAAGAACGUACUACAUACAUCUACACGACAAAACAGCGAAUAUUGGGCUUUGGCGACCGACUCAGUGGGAGGCCGAGUGUUUUUUGCUGACUAUAAGUCUGAACUUCUUGGAGUUUAUUAUGUCAAUCAAAACCGAUCAGAAACACACUACGGAGGAAUGGCACACGGAGUAGAAAGCAUGACGUUUGACUGGCAGAAUCAAAACCUUUACUGGAGCGAUUCGGGAAUGAAAGCAAUUAUGGUGUCUGAAGUUACUAACUUCACACGUUACACGAUAAUUCAGCAGUCAAGCAACAGUGUUCCAUAUGGAAUUGCUUUGCAUGCCACUAAAAGAUUGCUGUUUUACGCACUAUACAAACGUCAAGGGGCUCGGCUUGUGGUCACUGACUUGGCAGGGAAGAAUCCACGCGUAUUGCAACGAUACCCAGACGUUGCGGAUAUUACUGGUCUUACAGUAGACUACGAAGACGACAGAUUGUACUGGUGCGAUUUUACUGGCUAUGGGAGCAUGAUAUCGAGCAGCAAUCUUGACGGAACAAACACAUCUGUCCAAUAUUUUACUGGCGGUUCAAUUUUCUGGGGAAUCGCUACGUACCAGAAUUUCAUCUACGUGACUGACACCCAAACGCGCUACUCUCCCGUACGAGCGCAUUACUUAUGGUGGGUGCCGAAAUCUAAGGCAAGACACAGCACACAUAAUGUUGGACGAUACCGGUUUGCUUCAAAGCCAAGAGGAAUUGGAAUUUACAGCAAAUUUGUUGAAUAUUCAAAUACAGGACUAAAUACCACACUCGGUUCAUGUGGAAGCAGUACGCCACAAUGUGAUCACAUAUGUCUACCGAGGAUCAACGCCACACGAGAAUGUGCGUGUUCUUUGGGCUUCACCCGAAUCAAUGACGUAAAUUGUGUUCAAAAACCACUUAUUGGCACCGAUGCGUUACUAAUGGUGGACUACGGACAAGGAAAGAUAUUUCAAUUACCAAUCAAUCAGUCUGGGUCGUAUAACUUCAGCAUCGUUGAUCUAGGUACACAGCCCAACGCAUACGCAAUGGAUAUCGAUAUGGGAACAGACACUCUGUAUUGGUUCGAUCGAAAAAACUCAACUAUUUUUAAAACUUCAUUGCGAUCUACAUCCAAUUCUCAAGCAAUCGUGACCAAUGUUGCAGUUCGAACCAUGGCAGUGGAUCAACUGAGUGGGAAAGUAUACUUCGCCGAAUCUGACACCGAGUUUAUAAAAGUGUAUGACCCGUAUAAAGAUCUAACUUUCACAGUGAUGAGGGUGCCUAUAGAGAGGGAGAAUGUAUCCCAAAUAAACUCGAUGGCAUUUGACGCGAAAAAUGGGUACGUUUAUUGGACGGAUACAAACGGGGGUAGAACAAACGGAGAGUUGUGGAGAAUGCGUGCGGAUGGCUCAGAAAAGCGAGCAGUGUUAACUCGGCUUAAUUGGCCGUACGGCGUAUUCAUAAGUUACGAACGAAACAGCUUGUUUUUUACCGAAGCAAGAAUGGGAGAAAUCUUAGAAUAUUCGUUAGACUCAAUGAAUCAAAGCUCGCCACAACAUGUUAAUGUUUUCGCUGUUAACUCAAACUUAGCAAGGAGCAGACCUUUCUUUAUCAGCAUGGUAGUACUUGGCGACAUGGUUUAUUUCUACGAUCUAGCAAAACAUUACGUUGAGCAGUUCAACUUGACAAUGGGAGUAACACCAACAACCCAGUUUGGACCCACAAUAUUUUUCAAAGGACGGGAGAUGAUGUUGUACAACAGAGAUUAUUACAACCGUUAUAUAGGGCCGUUAAGUAACCCCUGCGGAAGAAACACAUCAAACGCAUGUUCUGAGUUUUGCUUCAACAUAAAUAACCAAACAGUUUGCAACUGUCAAGACGGUAGCAGUCUUCUAGGAUCAGUGUGUGUAGACAAUGUUGGACGUACAGAUAAUCCCCCAAGAACUGUGGAGCCAUGUCCCGUAGAUACAGAAAUACAGUUACCAUUAUGUGAAAGCACUGUGCCGUUCAGUUGGAACCAGAUAAGCUGGGUGGAUGAUUAUACGCCUGACUCAAGACUGAGAAAAGUACAACCUGCUGGCUCUUCACCGGUGGAUCUCGGUCUUGGUUAUCACAUCUUCAGAUUUACUGCAACCGACGACUCAAGCAACGUUGGAGUGUGUCAAUACGCAGUAACCGUGACCGCUCCUUCGUGUAAUGUUGAUGCAUUUGACAACAGCACCGCAUCUCUAACUUUAAGGCGAACCAGUGUAACGUGUAGCAGCAAUUAUGGUUAUUUUAACGUGACGUGCAGAACACCUGGACAAAACGUAACUUUCGCAUCUUCAAGUUCACCCCAACUAACCGUUGCAUGUUUGUUUGGCGUUUGGAACCCACCAAACUUUCAAGAUAUGCAAUGUUCUGCACCACCACCAACAACGACAACACUGCCACCACCACAACCAAUACCAGCAACAACAGCACCAAGAACGACAGCACCUACAACAACGCCUUCACCUACAACAACGACACCACCUACAACAACGACACCACCAACAACAACACCAACAACGACGACAUCAACCACUACUACAACAACAACAACAACUAAUACACAAACUACAGAUGGAACUAGUGCAACCAACACUAAGCAACCUGUCAACUCUGCAAAUAAGUCAUCACAAGCGUUAACCGGUGGGGCAAAAGCUGGAAUCGCUAUAGCGGUGAUAUUUCUAUUCAUUGCUUUAGUGAUAGGAAUACUGUUGGUAUUGCGCAAUCAAGGCAAUAGAAGUAUUUUGCCACGAAUGUUUUGGAAACAGAGAAGCCCCGAUGCAAUUUACUUAGAAGACAAUCCUAAUCAUAAUAGCUAUAGCGUAUUGCAUUAGAGUGUAUGUGAUGCAUAACACUACCAGAGAUGUACUUCUAAGACCAGAGACUCUGGAACUAUAAGUUAGAUCAGAUUCCAUGCACUAUAAAUUCAAUACAAGUUUUUAAACCUAACAUAUUGUAGGGUGGAGGAAGAUGGGAUAUCUUUAGCGCAUAAUAUCCAAAUAUCCUGAUCGUGAUUAAAACAAUUAACAAUGGUCUAUGGAAGUCGUGAAAAUACGGUUUUAUAAUUCUUCGAAUGUUCAUCGUUUACUACCAAACGGGACGAUAAAUAGAAUGAAACAGUGUCCCAUCUUCUCCCACCCUACUAUAUGGUUUGACAAUUUCGUACGUUCUCUAAAUUCGUAUUUAAUACUAUCAGUAUCCGUAAUUUAUACUACGACAUACAUUCAUAAAAAUUCUUUAAAAGCAAUAACACUUGAAUGCAAAAAUACAUAUCUACGAAACGAUCAAAGUAA